AAACGUUGCGCUUCGGUUUCACCGGCGCGGUAUAUAUAAGACCGCGAACCACCUGUUCAGCCAGAAGACAACAGGCUCUCGCAGAAGAACAAUCAUGGACCUUAAACUGGUACUGUUGGUUGCCGCGUCUGCCCUCCUGGCGGAAGCCUACCCCCGCUUCGUGGCCGUCCCUAGCCGGAUAGCAGCGCGUUCGUACCCAAUGUACUACCCGCAGGAGUCGCGCUUGAGGCCCGUGGUGAGCCUCGUGGAAGACUCUCGGCCCGUGGUCAUCAUUGAGGAGGAGGAGCCCCAGCAGUGGGAACUGGACGAGGCCAGCUCUGACCGCUACGAGCGCCAGUCUGGCGGCUACGGCGGCGGCAACGACCACGUGGACUACGGCGCAUACACCGGCGGCUACGGAGCCUUCGGUUGGUACUCGGAUCACCCCGUGUGCAUCAACUGUGGAUCCCAUCACUAAGGCUGGUCUGCCUCGUGGUUCCCCUGUGGUAUAGUGUGCUCUGACCUCCGGCAGUGUGAUGAUCUGAGCCUAGUCCCACUCCAUGCUAACGGCUAUAUUCAUUUUCACAUUCCACUAAAGUAUAGAUCCUCAUGAUCAGCCCCACCCCGCCCUCCC